CAUCUCGGGAACGUCAUUAUGUGGAGCUGUGAAGCACUCAAUGGUUCCAAAAACACUGAGGACCAGAAUCUGUGCCAUGAUUUUCAUCUGGUGAUUUCCAUUUUGUCUCUGCUCUACCUCGUCAUCUGUUUCCCCAUCGGGCUUUGCUACAAUGGGCUCCUGGUUCUGGUCAACCUGUGCAACAAGGCUACCAUGACGAUGCCGGACGUCUACUUCGUCAACAUCGCCAUUGCUGGCCUCAUCAUCAACGCCAUCGCCCCCAUGUACCUGCUGGGACCCACCAGCACCAAAUGGGCCCUCUGGAAUUUCAACAACGAAGUCUACAUCACCUUGCUGAUUUUAUUCAACGUCUCCUCCUUGGUGAUCAUGUACUCCAUCGCCUUACUCAGCCUGGACUACUACAUUGAACGGGCUCUGCCGAGGACUUACAUGUCCAGUGUGUACAACACCAAGCACGUGUGCGGCUUCAUCUGGGGAGGGGCCAUGCUGACCAGCUUCUCCUCUCUCUUGUUCUACAUCUGCAACCACGUCUCCACGAAAAUUAUCGAGUGCUCCAAAAUGCAGAACAAGGAAGCCGCGGACGCCAUCAUGGUUUUCAUCGGUUACAUCGUGCCGGCCGUCGCCGUGCUCUACGCGCUCGUGCUGAUCUUGCGAAUACGCAAGGAGGCCACACCGCUGGACCAAGACACUGGAAGACUGGACCCCUCCGUGCAGAGGCUUCUGAUUGCCGCCGUUUGCACCCAGUUCACCCUGUGGACACCCUACUACGGGACCCUGCUGGUGAGCACGCUGGCCGCCCUGCAAGGCAAAGGGGUGGAGGACAGCUACAGCCGGGGAUUGUAUUUUACGAAGGGGCUCUCCAAAUUCCUGGCUUUUUCCAGCAGUGUCGUCCUGCCUCUGCUGUACCGGUAUCUCAGCAAAAACUUCCCAGGCAAACUGCAAAGGCUGCUAAAAAAGCUGCACUGCGGGAAUCAGCCGUGUUCGCACGAACGCACAGAGGUCCAGCAGGUCGUCACGUAGGUAUGAAGGAAUGCCGGUGGGCGCCAGGUUGCCGAGCUGAGUCUGGAGGCCGCUGAGCCAGGGUGCUGGAAAGGGUGGGCCCACGUCGGCGCCUCGCCGUUUUAGCCUACCCAGGUAGUGACUCUGCGGAGAGA